AUGAACAAUUAUCAAAAGAAUAAGGAGAGAAUAAAGAGGAUCAAGUUAGAAGAGGUUUUGAAAAAAAGGGCUAAGAAUAGGUUGGAGAAUUGGAACAAUGAGACGAACGAGAACAAACAAAAAGAAAGGCAUCCAAAUUUGAAAAAGUAUGCAUUGUGCAUUGGUUAUGUUGGUACUAGGUACCAUGGGUGCCAAGGACAAGGGAAAGACUGCAUGACCAUUGAAAAUGAAAUAGAAAGAACGCUAAUAAAAAUGAAUGCAGUAAAAAGAAAUGGAAUGAGGAAGGAUUUCAAUUUCUGCCUUUCACGGUCAGCCAGGACAGAUUUGGGGGUGCACGCCCUUUACAAUGUGUUUGUGUAUAACGUGGAUCUGAGCUGCGUCGAUGGGGCAAUCUCAAACGGGGCAGUCUCAAACGGGGCAGUCUCAAACGGGGCAGUCUCAAACGGUGCAGUCUCAAACGGGGCAGUCUCAAACGGGGCAAUCUCAAACGGGGCAAUCUCAAACGGGGAGAACCACCUAGACGCCAUAAUGGAGGAAAGAAGAAAAAAAGAAGCAAAAUUUAUACAGGUGUUAAAUCUGCAUUUUCCAAAUGACAUCCGGUGCUUUGACAUGUUCAAGGUGACGAAAAGUUUUGACGCAAGGAAGUUCUGCUCCUUCCGGUUAUAUGAGUACCUAUUUCCCGUGUCUGUUUUAAGUGAAGUGGAUGUGCAUGAGAAGUAUAAGGGGGCAUUUAACGAGGUUGUGGAUAUGAUGGAUAGGUUCGUCAAGGAGAAGAGAAGCGACGGCAAGGUACGAGGUGAUCAGAUGCAGAAUGGAGAGGCUGAAGCGGUGCCAAGAGACAAAGCAGAGAAUGAAACGGUGUCAAGAGACAAAGGAGAGGAUGAAACGGUGUCAAGAGACAAAGUAGAGAAUGAAACGGUGCUGAGAGAGGAAGCAGAGGAGGAUAUAUUCACAGUAAAGGAAGAGAAAGGUGAACUGACGGAAGAAGAACUAAACACCUUUUUCGACAUAUUUAAGAACUACACAGGAUACCAUAACUUUCACUGUUUCACUAAAAAUAAAAUAGAACAAACGACCUACAGGUACAUAAAAUAUUUGGACGUGAGUACAGUAAAGUUAUUUAACUAUAAUUUUGUUUCACUUAAAAUUUUGGGGCAAUCUUUUUUAAUGCAUCAAAUAAGGAAGAUGAUAACACUGAGUGUUGAAACUUUUAGAAAGGCAACUUCGAUGAAUUCUAUAUAUUAUUGUUUAAACAGUAAAGAAUACAUCCCUAUCUCGCUCUUUCCAGCCGAUGGGUUGAUGCUCAUAUGCCCAUACUUCAACUCGUAUAAUGAAAAGACAUGUAAUCCCCCCCAGAGUCCUCAAAUAAUUUUUCAAGAAAAUGAGAAAAUACUCAAGUUUAAGGAAGAUAUGAUUGCCAAAUGUGUUAUCCAAAAGAUGGAGAAUAAUGUAUGGAAGGAAUGGAUUCUUAGGAUGAACAAACGCCCUUUUGUGUAUCAUUUCUUGAAAGAUAAAAUUGGAAAAAAUUGUAAUUAA